AUGGCCGACGACGACGACUUUGAUAAUCCUCGCGACGUUGAGCUUAGCUCCCUCUCCGCCAUCUAUCCCGAAAUUCAGCAACUCGAUCCAGACGACCCGUAUACCGUCGCCCUCGACCUCCCCGUCAACCCAUCGAAAGCCGUUACCGUCUUCUUUCCCGCCGCUGCCGAUGACGGGCUACCUCCGGGCGCAAAUGGCGUGCAGAAUGGCCAUGUUGCCGCCGCUAUGGGUCAGCAGGGUGGCAUCGACUCCCAUGAGCUAGCACACCUGCCCUCGGUGCACCUCGAGAUCACGCUGGGCCCCCAAUAUCCUGCCGAGCAAGCGCCGCAAGUUAGCAUCUCCACCAACCCCCCGUGGCUCCCCGCCGACACGAUAAAGCGCUUGGAGGACGAUGCGGCCCGUUUAUGGGAGGAGAUGGGACGGGAUAUGGUUGGCUUCACAUACAUCGACCACGUGCAGCAAGCAGCCGACGGCGUGUUUGAGCUCGUCGACGGCAAGGGCUCGCUCGAGGUUGAUCCGAGGCACAAAAUCGCCAUUCUGGACUACGACAUCAAGGCGAGAAGGGCGGCAUUUGAAAAGGAGACUUUUGAUUGCGGCAAAGGCACCGUUUGCCACCGGAUGCUGGACUGCGGGCACGUCUUUUGUGUCCAAUGUUUGCAGGACUUCUACAACAAUGCCAUUAAGGAAGGAGACAUCACGGCGGUGAAAUGCCUGACGCCCAACUGCGCAAAAGAACGCGCAAUGGCUGCCUCCUCUUCGAACCGGAAACGCAAAAAGCCCAAGACCUUUAUAAACCCCAGCGAGUUGCUGCAGAUCCCUCUGGACCAGGAGACAGUCAAACGUUACGUGACGCUAAAGUACAAGGUCGAGUUAGAGUCGGACAAAAACACAAUCUACUGUCCACGGCAGUGGUGCAAUGGCGCCGCGAGGUCCAAAAAGCACAAGAAGCCCCAGGGUUUAGAGUUGGCCGAAGCCCCGGACGAGUCCAUCUCCGACGACGAAGAUGAGGAUGAGGAUGAUGACCAUCCCGAAGGGGAGGGCAAGUCCAAACCCUACAAACCAGCCGAUGAUUUGCUGGCCAUCUGCGAGGAAUGCAGCUUUGCCUUUUGCAGCCGCUGCUACCAGUCAUGGCACGGCGAGUUCUUCCGCUGCCUCCCGCGGCGUGACAAGGCAGAGCUCACGGCCGACGAACUGGCUUCGCUCGAAUACAUGAGAAUGCACACCACACCGUGCCCCACGUGCGGCGUGCCGGCGCAGAAGACGCACGGCUGCAACCACAUGAUUUGCAAUCGCUGUCAGUCGCACUUCUGCUAUCUCUGCUCGUCCUGGCUCGACCCCGGCAACCCAUAUCAACACUUCAACGAAGCGCCCGACGGCCGUGUUACGGGAUGUUAUAUGCGUCUCUGGGAGCUGGAACAAGGGGACGGUGAUGAUGUCGGCAUCGGCUUUGCGGGAGGUGGUGGGCGCGUCGAUCGACCGCCCCCGCCGGCCAUGCCAGUCCAAGAGCUCAUCCCCGAGAUCGAGGAGCCCGAGGAGGACGAGGAAGAAGUCCGCGCUGCUAGACAGGCCGCAGAAGCACGGAAUCAGGAUGCACACGGCAACGGCGGUCAGGUUGGCAUUGCGCGAGAGGGCCCAUUGGUUCUUCGCAUAGCUGCCAACCAGCCCGCCGCUCCUGGACGUGGCGGGCCCCCGCCUCCAGCGCCGGGGGCAGCUCGAGGAGCGGCAGCGAGAGGGGCGCGGAAUCAGCAACCCGCGGCACGAGGCGGAGGACCCCAACAACAGCCAGCCCGGGCAAAUCAGGGCGACGGCGAGCUGGACGCAGCCCAGCAGGCGUGGGUGAGACAGUUCGUCAUGCUCGCCCUGAACGACGAAGAGGAUAUACUGUUUUGA